AGGUGCGCACGCUUUAUGUCCGCUCUCCUUCACAAGCAUGGUCCCUUUUGUUUUUCGAAGUGUUGUUUGGACGGCCGUGUGUUUACUGGUAGUUCAGUGUCAACAGCCUGCUACAAAGAUCUGUACUAAUGAAGGCAUGGACUUGAAGUUUCCAGGUCGUGCCUCGGAAAACAGGCUCUGCGUCUCCACUGUUAAGAAUCCGUGCAUCCUUGUAAAAGGCCUUCAAGGAUUUCGGUUAUUUAGGGAUGGUGACUUAUUGGUGGUGAGAGUGGACCGUCACUCGCCUUACGUAAACCGCCAUGGCAGUAGCUACAGUGUGACACUGAAAACGACUUCUUCAGCACCGGCCAAAAUAUACAUGUGCCAACAAGUGAGCCGAUCGGUGGUAAGUGAUGGAGAGUGUGCCGUUGCGGACAGUGAGAAGGUCCCUUGUGGAGGAGAUGCAGUAGUCGGCCAAGCAGACUGUGAAGCAGAGAACUGUUGCUAUGACUCGAGCAGCAGCAGCACCUCCUCCUGUUACUAUGGGAAUACAGUCACUGUACAGUGUAACCCAAAUGGCCAGUUUGUGGUGGUGGUGUCUAGAAAUGUGACUGUUCCUCCCCUGGAUCUUGGUUCUGUCAGGCUAUUGGACAAUAGCUCUCCUAGUUGCAGUCCUGUGACCAGCACUUCUAACUUUGCUCUCUACCAGUUCUCAGUCAGUGAGUGUGGCACCCUUGUGAAGACUGUUGGGGGUAAUGUGUCAUAUGAGAAUGUGAUGUCUGCUGCCAUCUCUGUGACUAAUGGUCCCCAAGGAUCCAUCACACGCGAUAGCAUCUACAAGUUGUCAUUCCAGUGCAGUUAUUCAGGAGAUCAGAAUGUUAAUGUAGAAGUAGGAGUGUAUACUGUCACCCCACCUCUUCCUGUGGUGGAACAAGGACUCAUGGACUUGGAACUCCGCAUUGCAAAAGACUCCUCGUACAGCUCCUACUAUGGUGAUGCAGAUUACCCUGUGACCAGAGUUCUUAGGGAUCCUGUUGAUGUGGAAGUACGCAUUGUGAACAGGAGUGACCCUAACCUUGUUCUGACUCUUGGGAACUGCUGGGUCACACCAGGCCCUUCUGCUUCCAACCAGCCCCAGUGGAGCCUUCUAGUGAAUGGAUGCCCAUACUUGGGAGAUGACUACCUGACCAGCUUGAUUAAUGUGGAUGCCACUUCUGGGGUUGCUUAUCCUAGUCACUACAAGAGAUUUGAGUUCAAGAUGUUUGCCUUUGUUUCUGCUUCUCAACAGGGCUUGAGCCAAAUGGUAUACAUCUUCUGCAGUGCUGCGGUCUGCUACCCCUCUGCAGUGGAUUCUUGUGUUCAGAGCUGCCCGAAGACAAGAUCUGGCAGGGAUGUUGACCAGAAUGUGAAAGCAAAUGCUUACAGAAAGAAUGUGUUGGUUCACAGUGGUCCAGUCUUUCUAACUGUUCCUGAUACUCAAACAUCCAAACUGCAGGGUAAAGCACCUGGGACCACUGGCUAUACUAUCUUUGGAGCUACUGCUGGAAUCUUAAUGGUGAUAUUGACUUUGGCUGUGUUGGCUAAAAGAAAAUUGUGUAGUCAAGAACAAAAAUAAACUCAUUUUACAAAGCAA